AUUCGGAAAGAUCAAUUUCAAAUCACAUGUCGCAAACUCUUAACAUAGUGAACUCUUUCCGUGUAGGAUGCGGCCUUGUUUUACAACCCUCACUUGGAAUUAAUAUGAUACCUAAAGAGAACUACGCGCAACCUCAUCGUAAUGUAGAAAAAACUGGCAUGGUAGCUAGCUUUUUUUGGAUAUUAUUUGUAAUUAUAGCAAUUUUAUCUGCAAUAAUAUUUGUAUGCCCUCGUGAUACUGAACCAAUAUGA